AUGGCGCCAAAGCCUCAGCUCGCUCUUGCGAAAGCUCAUCGCGGGUCUAUAUCUCUUCCCAAAACCACGCAACAGCUCGUUCCAGCUUUCCUACAGAAGCUCUACGAAAUUAUUACCGAUAAAUCGAACGCCGAUCUGAUACGCUGGUCCGACAGAGGAGACAUCCUCAUGGUUGUGGACCACGAACGAUUCGCAAACGAGCUUCUUGGUCGGUGGUUCAAGCACCAGAAUUUCAACUCUUUCGUCCGCCAACUGAAUAUGUAUGGCUUCCGCAAAGUAUCUCACCUCCAGCAAGGAACUCUUCAAAGCCCCAUUGACCCGAAGAUCUGGAGCUUUGAGCAUCCGUGCUUUCGACGAGGCCAGCCAGACCUCUUAUGCCUCAUUCAACGGAGAAAGCACGGUGCAUCCACCGGUGAAGCGUCGGCAGUCGUGCAACUACACUCCAUCGUCGACGAGGUGGCCGGCAUUGAGCGUCAUCAGGCCGCCAUUUCUGCCGAGCUUACGGAACUCAAGCAGUCUAACCAAGUCCUUUGGCAGGAGGCUAGUGCCUCGCGAGUGCGUGUGGAGAAGCAGCAAGAUACUAUCAAUCGCAUUGUUCGUUUUCUGGCCGGUGCGUUCGGCCAACGAACACCGGUUGGUAGUUCCGCUGGUGCCGAUAGCGACCAAGCUCUGUCUACUCCGAUGUCGUCUCAGACUCUUCGCCUGAUGAUAGGUGAUAAAGAAGGCGUGGAUAUGGCUGAUGACGAAAUCCAAAGCACUGGGUCGCUUGUGGACUAUUCUAGCGAUUUGAGUGGUUCAGCGGCCACCCACAAAGGACGAAUCGAGCAUAUCAACACCUUCGUUCAAGGGCAUGUACCCGGGCCCCCUUCCGCUGCACCCUCGGAGUCGAGUUCAUCGGCAUUGUCUACAAAUACUCCCAACCUCCUCAGCCCUUUAGCGUUCCCACCGCUGCUGUCCCCGGAUCCGACUACGCCCACGGUAGACGCAGUCAAUAGCACUCGCGAAGACUCGUCUAGCGAUGCUAUCUUGUCCAGGAGCCUUGACCAAGUACAGACAGUGACCCAUGCGGACGCCAUGUUCAGCGCGUUCCAGAGGAUGCUCCAACCUCCGAGUCAGCUACAGGCUUUGGCCUUACCUACACAAGCACACAGCCUCGCUUCCAAUUCGACACCGUCGGACCAGCAGCUUGCACCAAUCGUCCCUAAUUAUGACUCACUCAAUGGAUACGUGUCCCCGAGCAUAUCAACCUUAUCUUCCGCCGUCUCCAAUGAUUCGAUCGUUCCGGCGAGCGUGGACACUCGACGGCUUUUGUUUAACUGGAAGGCUACAAACGAUAUCGAAUCAGAUGUUGCCACACUACAAUCCAAUAUUUCGUCUCUGCUCGAUUCCCUCGGGCUAAACGCCCAAGAUAGCUCACUCGGCCAGGAUCCCUCGAUGCACCCAACCAUCACGGUCGCUGAAUCCGACGAUUUAGACACGCUCCUCAGGGAAUAUAUAGUGGCCGAUACAUCUACGGCAGCCGCCACUCUUCUCGACUCGGUCUCCACUCCGUCUUCGGGAAGUAUCAGCAGUGCCCCAACUCCGUCCCCGAGUUCUACUCAUCAGGAGGAAAUCUCGUCUCCCAACAUCCGAGGGGAGAAGCGGAAGCCUGACGAAGCCGUUCUAGAUCAACAAAGAGGUGCCGCCCGAGGGCGCAGCGUAGCGACUUCCAAAUCUAGGCGACGAACAAGGCCGUAA